CCACACCGACACACCGAGACCGGCGGACCGUUAGUGGCUUGCUGCAUCGUUGCGCCUGGUAAACAAAUCGACAUUCGAUUCCCCUCUCCGAAUUCAAGAGACGUGAUAAGGCCCGGAACAGCAGACGAGAAGGUUCCGUUGGUAUUGAAGAACAGACGAAAGACGGCCAGCCAUGUUACCGCCGGUCGAGCCAUCCGUCCUCCAGAACAAUCCACAAUUCGCCGAGCUGCAUCACGCCCUCACGACAGCGAUCCUGAAUCCUGACGGCACAACCAGGAGACCCGCGACCAAGGAGCAGACAUCGGUCCAGAAUGAACUCGCAGACCACAGGUUCAACGCCGCAAAGGAACACCUCCUGAUCAGCGCAAUCUCCAACACCGCCCCUCCCGAGCCCAAAGCCGCGCCGUCGAGGACAAUCACCCGCAGCAAAUCUGCCUCCCAGCCCGCCUCGGCGCCGCAACCGCAACAACAACUCCCAGACUCCCUCCUCGACCUCCUCCUCCUCCUCCCGCCACUACUCACGGCGACCACCGAACCCCUCCCCGCCGACUCCCUGGCGAUCCUACUCUCAAACCCGCCCUUCACCGAGUUCCAAGCCCUCCUCCCGCAGCUCGGCGAGCUGGUGUCGGCGACGCUGCACACCUCUGCCGUCGCCCUCGCGCGCAUCGCGAACCCGACCACGAACCCCUCCUUCCUGCACCGCAACGUGCCGGCGCUGCAGACGACGUACCAGCGGCUCGAGGCCGACGUUCGCGAGGCGAAGCACGCGCUGGCGCGGGAGCGGGUGCGCGUGGCGGGCAGCCUGACGGGGCUGUUGGACAAGUACGCGGGGGCGCUGACGCUGCUGGUGCGCGCGCUCGAGGCGAAGCACGGCGUAGUGGCGCGCAGCCUCGAGUUCCGGGCGGCGGAGGCGGGGCUGGAGGCGCAGAGGGCCGAGGCGGAUGCCGUCGCGGCGCGGGAGGGUGUCCGGCGGGAGGUGUACUCGCCCGAGAUGGCGGCGGCGCUGAACAACUACGCGGCGCACUUGCGGGACGCGCGGAUGAGGCUCGAGGGCACGGUGGCGACGCUGCGCGCCGAGCUGGAGGGGUACGGCGCGGGCGGGGGCGAUGGGGGCAAGGAGAGGAUGAUGCGGGAGAUGGCGCGGAAGAAGCGGCAGCUCGAGAGGGAGCUGGAGGACGCGAGGAGGGACGUGGCACGGUUGGGCAAGACCUAAGUGUCUGUCUAUACCUAGAGAACACCGACCUGGGAAGAGCCUGGAAGGUAACCAGGGGAACAAACUAGUUGAUGACGGGGGGGGGGGGGGUAAGCGUGUUGGACAUGUUUAC